AUGACUGCUGGAGACGAUUCGCUCUCCAUAAAGGGCACGCCGCUAUCCGGCCGCGUUUGGAAGAAGAACGCCCGGCCUCGCCGCGCCCUGUCCAAGACAGGCGGCGACCGCUCCGCCGAGGAACGCAGUCGCCAGAAGUGGGAAGAAGCGCAGGCUUUAAAGCGAGAAAUGAAAGAGAUGGCAGCCGAAACAAGCGAGGUUAUUCAGAAAGCCCGGGAGCUUCGCAAAGAGCGACUGCGCAAGUUGCGCGAGAAGCGCGCUAAAAAGCAGGCCAACGAGAUCAAAUCCGCCGGUAACGACGUGGUGGUGGUGAGCAAUAAGAAGGUGUCGAAGAUGACCAAAAAGGCUCGCCGAAAGCUGACGAAGGUCACCCCUGAGGUGGCCAACAUUCUCCUGCGGAAGCACUAA